CAUCAUCAACAUCGUCGUCAUCACCGCCCCCCUCAUCCUCCAGUCGGGGAGAGCGAGGGUGAUGGGCAGCGGACUAACCAGGAAUAUAUGGAGCGAGUGCAAACUGCGGUGCGAUACGCGACCGGGAAGAAAGACACGCUUAGCCUGUCGCUGGUGUUCCAGCCGUCGGUAUCAUCAUUUGUCGGCGGACCUUGGCCGUUGGUGGAUCGUGCGCACAGCUCGGCGUGGCAUUCUAGCGUCAUCCGGGGAUCGGAUCGGGCACGGGAAGACAUUUGCACCGCACAAGUGUAAACUAUCCACGGGAAAUUGUUUGUGUUGCGAUAGAUAUUCGUGGCCUAAUCGGAUCCUGUGUGGCCUGUGUCUUUAUGUGUGUGUGUGUGUGCAAUCAAGCUGAUGGUAUUGUGCUUUAAAAAGCAGUGAAUAAACUUCCAAAUUUAACGCGUAAGUGCAAACACCGCGCCCGUACCAUGGCCGAUAAAACCAACCCCGACCAAGGAAUGGAACUCGAACAUCAGAGCGAGCGAGACGCGCAGGCGGCAAAAGUCGCUGCCAAGAAGGAGGAGUCGGACAGGAAAUGGAGCCUCGACCCGAUACAGCGGGCGAUGGGCCAGCUCGGCUGGUGGCACAUACUGGUCUGUGCCGUCGUCUUUCCGCUCAAAUUCCCCGUUGCCUGGCAUCAGAUGAGCAUCAUCUUCCUGGGCCCGUCCGUCAACUACACCUGUGCGUCGGACCCAUCGCUCGACCGGUGCGAUGCCGGCUGUACGAGCUGGACGUACGACAACAGCACCUUCGCGACGACCCUUACCAGCGAGUGGGAUCUGGUGUGCGGUAACGCGAACCUGGUCAAGCUCUCGCAAACCAUCUUCAUGUUUGGCAUUCUGGUCGGUGGUGUCGUCUUCGGAUCGCUGGCAGACAAAUAUGGACGAAGACCACCGUUGGUGAUUGCGGUCAUCAUUCAGCUGGUGACGGGUGUUGGCGCUGCUGUUAUCGGUUCGUUCUGGGUGUUUGUGGUGCUGCGGUUCCUUACGGCCGUGGCCACUGGCGGUACUAUGGUAACGAGCUUCGUUCUCGUGAUGGAGAUCAUCGGUCCGAAGUGGCGCGAACUGUUCUCCGUGCUCUACCAGAUCCCGUUCAACCUGGGCCAUCUGACGCUGGCCGGUUUCGCCUACUUCCUGCGCGAGUGGCGCCAGCUGCAGUUCGCCCUGUCGAUCUUCUCCGUGCUGAUGCUGUCGUACUACUGGCUGGUGCCGGAAUCGCCCCGCUACCUGUUUACGUCGGGCAAUGUGGACGGUGCGGUCACGGUGCUGGAGCAGGCGGCCAAACGUAACAACCUGCCGACCGACACCAUCCGCAACGACAUCGAGCAGUACGCGAAGGAGAAGACGCGCAACGCAUCGGCAAACGCGUCGAAGGGCAACGUGCUCGAUCUGUUCCGCACGCCCAACAUGCGCGCCAAAACGCUGUACAUGUGCUUCAACUGGUUCGUGUGCGGGCUGGCGUUCUUCGGUGUGGCCCAGUACAUCGGGCAUGCCGGUGGCGAUAUCUACACGAACGUGGCGAUCAGUGCGGCCCUCGAGCUGCCCGGCACGCUGCUGUGCAUCUACAUGAUGAAGGCGUACGGGCGCAAGAAGACGCUCAUCUUCUCGAACACGCUGACCGGCAUCUCCAUGCUGGCGAUCGCGUUCGUACCCAGCUCGGCCAGCGCACUGAACGUGGGCCUCGCCUCGGUCGGGCUGAUCGGCAUGAGCAUCAGCUUCCCCACCGUUUAUCUGUACGCGGGCGAGCUGUUCCCGACCGUGGUGCGCAAUGUGGGCAUCGGUACGGCAUCGAUGAUUGCGCGGUUCGGCUCGAUGAUUGCACCGUUCGUGGCGGGCAUGGGCUCGAUUGCGUACUGGCUGCCACCGUGCAUCUUCGGGCUGGUACCGCUGGUCGGUGCGUUCUGCGUCUUUUUCCUACCCGAAACGCAAGGCCAUCCGCUGCCCGAGACGCUGGAGGAUGGGGAAAACUUUGGCAAACGUCAGACGGCUGCCAACGGUGCGGCGGGUGUUGAGAAUGGCAAGCACUAGGCAGGCGUUUGUGUGGGAUGGGGAAUGAGCUAUGGUAGCAUUUUUUUUAGAAUAGUGCAGUCAGUCCGUUCCUCUUUACCCCCGUUCGGAUGUGACAUUGCGGCACCUCUCGCUGUGCUGUGACAGUGCAUUAUCUCCCAAGGAACACUAUGUGUUCAGUAGCUGCGGAGGAAAGGGAAUGGUCGGAAUGUGUCCUAAUCGCUUAUGAGCGUGGAAGCGAGUUUUUUUUAAAUAUAAAUUACCUCUUUAAGUAGCUCUAACAAGCAGUGGCAGAAAGCAUACAGCAAACCUCACGCAGGGCCUCCUCACAAUGACAAUGUAGCGAUAGAUCCAAACUCAGUUGUUAGCAUUGCAGAAGAAUCAAAACGCAGAGAAGUGAUAAAUAAAUAUAAACCACAGAUGUAAUAAAAAAUUGUCCCUUUAUGUUGUA